ACAUGCACUGAUUUGUUGAAUUUUGGCCCAAUGUAACCAGUAGAAAAGUAACGUGUUAACGAGGCCCUUAGACAUAAGUCGAGUAUCAUCCAGCGUGGUCGGCUUCUUUUUCGUACUUCGUUUCUUUGCAAGACCAGCACAAUGAGGGGCGAAAGAGGCCGUGGUCGUGGACGAUUUGGCUCCAGGGGCGGUGGAGGUGCUGGUUUUAGGCCUUUUGUCCCUCACAUCCCAUUUGAUUUCUAUGUGUGUGAGAUGGCCUUUCCACGUGUGAAACAAACUUCUGAUGAUACCCUCUUGAGUGAGGCCCUGCUGAAAAGGAACCAUGAACUUGCUCCAACUGCAGCAGAACAAGCAUCUAUUCUAUCCCUGGUAACAAAGAUAAACAAUGUAAUUGAAAACCUCAUUGUAGCACCUGGAACAUUUGAAGUUCAAAUCGAAGAAGUUCGUCAGGUGGGCUCUUACAAAAAAGGAACAAUGAUGGCUGGUCACAAUGUGGCAGAUUUGGUGGUUAUCCUGAAGAUUCUUCCAACAUUGGAAGCUGUUGCUGCUUUAGGAAACAAAGUUGUUGAAACUUUACGGACACAAGAUUCAAGUGAAGUUCUCACUAUGUUGACAAAUGACACUGGUUUUGAAAUAAGCUCAUCUGAUGCCACUGUCAAAGUUCUUAUUGCUACUAUCCCACCCAAUCUUCGGAAACUGGAUCCAGAAUUGCACUUGGAUAUAAAGGUUCUGCAGAGUGCUUUGGCUGCCAUUCGCCAUGCUCGUUGGUUUGAAGAGAAUGCAUCUCAUUCCACUGUGAAGGUGUUGAUAAGAUUGCUGAAAGACCUGAGGUUGCGAUUUCCAGGAUUCGAGCCUCUUACUCCUUGGAUAAUUGAUCUUCUGGGUCAUUAUGCAGUAAUGAAUAACCCAUCCAGGCAGCCUCUGUCCCUGAAUGUUGCCUACAGGCGCUGUCUUCAGAUUCUUGCUGCGGGACUUUUCCUUCCGGGUUCAGUUGGAAUCACAGAUCCUUGUGAAAGUGGAAAUUUCAGAGUGCACACAGUCAUGACACUAGAACAGCAGGACAUGGUAUGUUAUACAGCACAGACUCUUGUCAGAAUUCUUUCUCAUGGUGGCUAUAAAAAAAUCUUGGGACUAGACGGCGAUGCUAGCUAUAUUGCUUCAGAAAUGUCUACUUGGGAUAGCGUGAUUGUAACUCCUUCAGAGAAGGCCUAUGAGAAACCUCCAGAAAAGAAGGGAGAUGAAGAAGAAAACUUGGAAGAAGCUGCAGAAGAGGAGGAAGAGAGCAUGGAGACCACUGAAUAAGUCUAAACACACCACCUGAGCACUUCACAGCAUCAGAUUUUUUUUACCCCAAUGACGUGAGGAAUUCCACCCAUCGUACGAGACCCAGAUGGAAGUGCUUCAGUGCAGUAUUGGACCAAACUGAAGGCGCCUUCAAUGUCACUUUUUGUACUUAGGACUGGUUUUAUUUAUGUUCAAGAUGUUUUGUUUACUGCGCAAUAAAUGUUUGUUCCUUUUA